AUGGGUGCUGUGGAGAUGCAUCCCACCCUCCUGCUGCUCUCGGUACUCCUGGCUCUGUCCCAUACUGAGACCCUGAAUGGCGCUGGCACACACUCCUUGAGGUAUAUGGUAACCACGACGGCGUCUCCAACGGGUCUCCGAGGUCUCCAAGUCUUCGCUGUUGCCUAUGUGGAUCACACGCAAAUCCUGCGCUUCCACAGUAACGCGGCAACUACAAUGGAGCCGCUCGUACCAUGGGUGAAGCAGAUGGGGCAGGACUUUUGGGAGCUGGAGAGAACGGGUCUGGAGCAUUAUUCACACACGGCUCGAGAAAACCUGCAAUUUGCAAUCCAAAUCUAUAACCAGAGCAAUGACGGCUCUCAUACCCUCCAGUGUUUCUUUGGUUGCGAUGUGGAUACAGACCGACUCUUCCUCCGUGGGUACUAUAGACAUGCCUUUGAUGGCCGUGAUUACAUCAGUCUGACCGAGGACCUGAGAACUUGGACUGUGGCAGACAAGACCGCUCAGAUCACCCAGCAAGAGUGGGAGGCAAAACAUGUAGCACAGCACUGGAGGCAACUCUUGGAGGGCAUGUGUGUUGCCUGGCUGCACCGACAUCUGGAGAAGGGGAAGGCGAUUCUGCAGCGCUUAGACUCUCCAAAGGCACGCGUAACCCGUCACCCUAGACCUGAAGGCGAUGUCACCUUGAGGUGCUGGGCCCUUGCAUUCUACCGAGCCGACAUCACCCUGACCUGGCAGAAGGAUGGGGAAGACCAGACCCAGGACAUGGAGCAGGUGGACACCAGGCCUGCAGGAGAUGGAACCUUCCAGAAGUGGGCAGCUGUGGUGGUACCUACCGGGGAGGAGCACAAAUACACAUGCCAUGUGCAGCAUGAGGGGCUACCUGAGCCCCUCACCAUGAGAUGGGACCCAUCUUCUCGGUCCACAACUGGAGUGAUAUUUGGUGUGGUUCUCCUUGGAGUUGUGGUCACUGUAGCUGUGGCUGCCACUGUGAUGGUGAAGAAGAAAAGUGCAGGUAGGAAGGGAAUUGGUGUCUGA